CGAUUCCCCUCGCAUUUCGCGUCAGUCGGUCAUCAGUGGUCAUCACACUUGAGUCAUUUUCAAUUCUUUUAGAUUUUACCUGCUGUGUUCCGCACCAUCGUUGAUGGGCGAUGAUGCAGAUAAGUUUUUUAAAGAGAUGAUUUCGAGUCAUCACCAACUUUUUCGACGCAUUUUAACUUUGUGUUGUUGUUUCGUUUGCGUCGCUUUAUUUUUCCUGUACGCCACCAAGAAUCAGCAGUGGCCGAGAAGACCUAGACCAGCCAGUUCCCAUCAAUUUUAUCCGUCCAAUUGGACUUUGGUGAACUUGAAAAAUUUUGAAUUUUUGCUCAAUUCGGAUGCGUGCGGUACUCGCCAGAUUGACCUGUUGGUGAUAGUUACGUCACACCCGGGUCACGUCGCACUACGUAAUGCUUUCCGUAGAGCUCUACCGAUCGAGGCGUUGAGGACGUUCAAUAUCACCCGAGUUUUCCUGCUGGCACAAAUCAAUCCCACCCAAACCGGUUACCACCAAGUGGAUCAACACGUCAUUGAAGAAGAACAUAUAAAUUACAAUGAUAUCGUUCAAGGGGAUUUCAUCGAAUCGUAUCACAACCUGAGUUAUAAGCACGUCAUGGGCUUAAAGUAUUCCGCCCAUUAUUGCUCACAAGCUCAGCUGAUUUUGAAGAUGGAUGACGACAUAGCGGUCGAUCUUUUUCAGUUGCUUGACCUCGUUCGCAGCAAGUCAUUAACAGGUUUGCAAAUCGCGGGAGCAGUGUUGACCGGUGACGAACGGAAUCCUGUGAGAGACAAGGCCAGCAAGUGGUACGUUAGUCGAGACGAUUACGCUCCAUCUAAAUAUCCACCGUUCGUCUCCGGAUGGGCUUACGUCACCACGGUCCAAGCUGCUAGUCAACUAGUCAGACACUCUGAAUCUUCCCCCUUUUUCUGGAUUGACGAUAUUUACGUCACGGGAAUGUUGGCAGCCCUAUCCGGCGUGAAUCUCGUUGACAUCCGGACACGUUUCACCGUUUUCGUCGACCACUUAAAAUGCUGUCUGCGGAAUCAUCCAAUUACGGUUGCAUGCGAUUAUAUCAUCGGUCCAUCCGGAGACGACGCCGAACUGGUUGAGGCGUUCCACAGACCAUCGCUACGCUGCCGGAUCGAUUCGUGCCGUACAACAACUUUAGAAGAAUCAUCAGACAAACCCAGUUUUUGUGUUAUUACUAAUAUUCCUUCCCAAACAUACAACAAAAUGGAUGGUCGCAUUAUCCACGGCCAAAUCAUACCGCUCUUUUGAAUUUUCAAAUUUUUCGGGUAAAACGCUCGAUCGAUUUCUCUUCAGACAUUGUGAUACACGUGCUUUUAUAGCCUC